GUCAAAAGUUGACUUUUGGACUUUCUGGUUUCUCUGCACACUUGCUGCUGCUCUAAGUCUAAAAUCUAUCUCAAGGAAAGAAAAAAAUUCAGUGAAAUAAGUUGUAUUUUUGUAAUCUAUCCACGUUAUCAAAACUAUUGAAUAACAGUUCACUAAAAUAAUCAGUAGCUUAUUUGCACAAAACCAUGUUCUCUAGCACAAGGACUUUUGUUCGUUCAAGCAUCUUGCACCGCUGCAAGAGCACCCUUGUCGUUGCCGAACACAACAAUGAAACACUUAACCCAGUUACAUUGAAUACGAUCACUGCUGCCAAGAAAAUUGGAGGCGAUGUGACUGUCCUAGUUGCUGGAACAAAAUGCGGACCAGCCUCUGAAGCUGUCUCGAAAAUCCAAGGUGUUGGAAAAGUUAUUGUUGCCGAAAGUGACGCUUUCAAAGGAUUUACUCCAGAAUCUUUGACUCCCUUGGUUCUGGCUGCCCAGAAUCAAUUUAAAUUUACGCAUAUUCUGGCUGGAGCAACAGCUUUCGGCAAGAAUGUUCUGCCAAGGGUUGCAGCCAAAUUAGACGUUUCUCCAAUUUCGGAAAUCAUCGAUGUGAAAUCUGAGGACACUUUCGUUAGAACAAUUUAUGCAGGAAACGCCGUCUUAACUCUAAAGUCAACAGAUGCUAUCAAAGUGAUUACAGUUCGUGGAACAAACUUCGAAGCGGCUGGUGCCGGUGGAAGCGCUGCCAUCGAACAAGCACCAGCUGGUGAAUACAAAAGUGCCUUGUGCGAAUUCGUUUCACAGGAACUUACCAAAUCUGAUCGUCCCGAAUUGGCUGGGGCUAAGGUCAUUGUAUCGGGAGGACGUGGUCUAAAAUCUGGGGAUAACUUUAAAUUACUAUACAAUCUAGCUGAUAAAUUCGGAGCAGCUGUCGGUGCUUCUCGUGCUGCUGUCGAUGCUGGUUUUGUACCAAAUGAUUUACAAAUUGGGCAAACUGGAAAAAUCGUUGCACCAGAUCUAUACAUCGCAGUUGGAAUCUCUGGAGCUAUUCAACAUUUGGCUGGUAUGAAAGAUUCAAAGACAAUUGUUGCCAUCAAUAAAGAUCCAGAAGCACCAAUCUUCCAGGUAUCUGACAUUGGAUUGGUAGCUGAUCUAUUUAAGGCAGUGCCAGAGUUGACAGAAAAAAUAUAAUAUUCAAAUUGAAAAUGCAAAAACAUUGUAAUUUUUAAUUAACAAACAUACACCUUGUUGCCUUAAAGUUUUUGGUAUUUUAAAAAGUUUACAUAGAAUUUUACCGACUUUUCUGGAAUCGCAUGCAUUUAGAAUCAUUAGCUAUUGAGAUUUUUUCUAUGCCGAAACAUAUUUGUACAUAAUAAAGAUUGAUACAAAAACUAG